UGGAAAUGGCAUUUCCGAGUGAAAUAGCGGCAUUCACUCACGUCAAGGAAUUAGGUGAUGGAGGUGGUGGAUCAGUCCACAGCUGUGUGACCAAAGAUGGUGGCCAACCAUAUGCCAUCAAAAUUAUCCCAUUAUGUGAUACAUGUGAAAAACAUGUCUUCUUUGAGACUAGGUCACUGUUUCUAAUUCAUCCCAACAUCUUAAGAUGUUACAAGGCAUGGGUAGAGAAAUCUGCCCCUGAUUUUGCACCCACCACAUUGUUGACACGCAUCCAUAAGGAUUAUGACUUUGAAAAAUGUGGAGAGACUCCCACACACUUCCUCUAUCUUCUCAUGGAGGAGUGUGAAGGCAACUUGGCUUCACUCCACCUAAAGAAGAAUUUUGAUGUUCAGUCAAUCUUCAUUGACUGCCUAAAAGGUUUGGAGUAUAUACACUCCAAAAAUCUGGUCCAUGGUGAUAUCUCAACCAACAACAUAUUUGUUGACAUAUAUGGGACAGCAAAAUUGGGUGACUUUGGAUGUGUUUCGGAUGAAGGGAUACCUCAUCCUAUCGGGGGUGUAUCCCUCUACCAUGCCCCGGAACUGGAAGAUGUCGUUGAUAAAUGGCUUCGUGAAGGGACUCCAAUUGAUGAGCAGGUAUGUGUUGUGACCAAGGCAAGUGACUUAUAUGCACUUGCCUUGGCUAUGAUCGAGCUGAUGUAUCCCAUGAGCACAAAUAUGGAAAGGGAUCCCUUCUUGAUGAGCAUCAAGUCUACUAAAGACUUUCCUGACCAAGGAAGAGUUUCGCGUUUCUGCAUAUCUCAGCUGGAGGUUAUGUUGAGUGACGAUCCUAAAUGCCGCACUGAUGCAAAAUCUAUUAGAAUGGAGAUGGAGACAAUGCAUUGAGGAGCUACUGGUUGAUUUCCAUUUGACUGAGAAUGGAGAUGGAGGAACUUACUGACAUUGUGAAUCUUUGAUUAGAACUAUGAGGGGGCAAGAAAACUUAUUUUGAAACUUAGCCGAUUUUGCAUGCAGUUUACUCACUACCAAUGCUAUUAUGCUACUGAAAAGUAUAUACAGCUGUAAUCAUGUGGAUUUUCUUUAACUCUGAACAUGUUGCUUGAAGACCAUUUAUUCUAUAGUCUUUAUGUCUA